AUGGCAUCCCUACUUUCAAGUUGGUCUUCCAAUCUUAAAUCCUUGCCUGAAAAUUAUGCUGUGCCAGAGGGCAAAAGGCCAGGAAAGCUUGCUCCAAUAAGCAGGGAUAUACCAGUAAUUGAUCUAGGUGAAGCAGAUCGAGCUGCUGUAGUUCAGAAAAUCAUAAAAGCUAGUCAAGAAUUCGGAUUAUUCCAGGUGAUCAACCAUGGAGUAACAGAGAAGUUGAUGAUUGAUGCUAUGGACGUGGGGAAAGAAUUCUUUUCCAUAGCUGUUGAGGAGAAAAUGAAGUUGACUGCUAGCGCUGGUGAUACUGAAAAUGGAUGGGAGCUUUAUACAGGUGCUGGAAAAUAUAGCACCCAAGAUUUCGACUACUGGAAAGACUCUUUGCUACAUCCGUGUCAUCCUCUUGAGAGUUGCAUCAAAUCUUGGCCUGAUAAGCCAGCAAGAUACCGAAAGGUUAUGGUACCAUAUAUAGUUGAAGUGAGAGAAUUGGGCAAGAGAGUUCUGGAACUGAUCUACGAAGGAUUAGGAUUUACUGAGGAUAACUUUGAUAAUUAUGACUUAUUCUUGAUGAUCCACAAUUAUCCAGAAUGCCCAGAUCCCAGUUCAGCUUUGGGAGCAGCUGGACACUAUGAUGGGAACCUAAUAACUUUCCUUCAGCAAGAUGUUUAUGGGCUACAACUAUUCAAGGAUGGCGAGUGGCUUGGGGCUGAGCCUCUUCCAAAUGCAUUCGUGAUAAAUAUAGGUUUCGCCCUUGAGGUAAUCAGCAAUGGAAAGCUAAAAAGUGCCUUUCAUCGAGUAGUUACCAAUUCAGAUCGUUUUAGGACAUCAUUUGCCAACUUUUUUAAUCUUCCGUUUGAGAGGAUUAUUGAACCUGCAAAAUCAGUUGUCAGUCCAAGCAAUCCGCCGGUAUACAGAAGGUUCUUAUUCAAAGAGUAUAUGGAAGUUCUAAUGAGCAAGAAUUCUGACACCAAUCCAACAGUUGACUAUUUCAAAAUCAAGAACUAA